UUAUCGUCAGAGAUAAAUAUUUGAAGUAGUUUUGACAUCGUGUUAGAAAUUGUAUUACAAUGGCUCGUACCAAGCAAACCGCUCGUAAAUCAACUGGUGGAAAAGCACCAAGAAAGACCUUGGCAACGAAAGCUGCUCGUAAGAGUGCCCCAGCUACCGGUGGUGUAAAGAAACCUCACAGAUACAGGCCAGGAACUGUCGCCCUUCGAGAAAUCCGUCGUUAUCAGAAAUCCACUGAGCUUCUGAUCCGCAAACUGCCUUUCCAACGGUUGGUUCGUGAGAUUGCUCAAGAUUUCAAGACCGAUCUUCGUUUCCAAAGCUCGGCCGUCAUGGCUUUACAAGAAGCAAGCGAAGCUUACCUUGUUGGUCUGUUUGAAGACACAAACUUGUGCGCCAUCCACGCCAAACGAGUCACGAUCAUGCCUAAAGACAUCCAGCUCGCUCGACGAAUCCGUGGUGAACGUGCCUAAAUCGAGUCCUAAAGACAACAACAAAAAACCCGGCUCUUUUAAGAGCCACAAAAUCUAAAAAAGAGUAAAACCGAAAUCGAGAUAAAUGCGAAAAUUCAUUUUAAUAGUGACACACAGCAUCACACAUAAGAAAGCACUUUGUAA